AUGUUUUUAAUAGGUUAUAUCUUAAAUAACUGCUUGAGAAUAAACUGGUUCAGUGGGCAGAGAUUCAACAAUGAUCAAAGAUCUAAUAUUUUCUUGGGUAUUGUGAAUGUCUAUGAGCAAGACUCAGAGUCUUAUACUUCCUUUAUGGUCUUCCUGCCAAAAAAACGUGAUCUUUUAUUUGAACACUGUACUAUCUAUUUGAUAGUAAUUUGUGAUCAGACUGAAUGCGAAGAUGAAAGGCAGAUAAAACAUUUUGAUAGAGCUCAGCUCUGGAGAGUAUAUCAGAAGUAUCUGAUCACUAUACCCUUUGAGCUGGACUCACCAGAAAAGAACUACUUGCAGAACUUAAAGUUUCACAAGCUGACAUAA